UUAUCUCUUGUCCUAAUCCCACCUGUUUUCAGGAGCUGCUGGGUGUGCUUCGCCACAGACGAGGACGACCGCACAGCAGAGUGGGUGCGCCCGUGUCGCUGCCGCGGCUCCACCAAGUGGGUCCACCAGUCCUGUCUGCAGCGAUGGGUGGACGAGAAGCAGCGGGGGAACAGCACCGCACGUGUGGCCUGCCCACAAUGCAACGCUGAAUACCUCAUCGUCUUUCCCAAACUGGUACUCCCCCCCCCCCCACAGGGAGGAAUCGCUUUCGUGGCCAUCAAGGGGGCGUUCAAGGUCUACUUCAAGCAGCAGCAGUACCAGAGACAAGCCCACCGCAAGAUCCUCGACUUCCCCGAGCCGGAGGAGGCCUGAGGCAGUCGGACAAAACGGACUCGGGAUCAGUGUCACCCUUCACCUCCCACUCCUCACCCCUCCUGGAGUGAUGCUCAGUGCGAAGCCCCCCCACCCUCCGCCUCAUGAAUUCAAACUGUUGAUGCUGAGGGAGAGGAGACGAAGAGAGGAGGAUGAGACAUGGAAGCAUGUUAGCAGUCGGCGUGACUGUCAAUAACUAAUACUUAUUGUAACAUAACUGUAUUUUAAAGAUAGAGAAAUGCGGGGCAUGUGUAAUUAAAGACUUUUACAAUUAUAAUAAAUUAUUGUCUUAUGAUUAUUUUGAAGAGAUCCCUUUGCAAUUGUGGAGGAAUAAAAUGUAUGGACCAAUGAGACGUGUUCAUUCUGCAGAAGAUAUGUGUCCUGAUGAUGAACCCCUGCUUUAUGUGGGGACUGUUUGAUCUCCUCUCAUGCCUUCAGUGUUCAUCGUCUGCAGCUUCACAAACACUCAAUGUUCUUUUUAAAGCUUCACAGCACUGCCCGUGUUUUGGUGGAGCCCGUUGCCAUGACGCUGUCUCUAACAGAUGGGUGGAUAUUAGACGCUUGUUGUCUUUGCAGAGACUUUUACAGCGACCGGAUGUUGGAAUGAAAGCAUCUCUGAAGCUACGGAGGAUUCAUUUACUGAGAUGUUGCUGAACUAUUCAGUCUGAACUGAUCCCAGGUCAGACUGAGGCUCUCAGGAAGUUACUAUGAAGAAAUGGAAACGGACACUAUUCAUUGAGAACGGCUGAUGUCAGGACACCUACAGGAAAUUAAAGCGUCGGUGCAACCAAAUAAAAACAAGCCACAUGUUCUCCCUAUGUCUUUUCAUGCCUCAAUGCCUUUUCAAAGUUUCUAUGGAAGCCUUGAGGCUCAAGAGAAGUGAUAUGAAUACUUCUCUCCUGUGCUUAAUAUAAAUGUUAAAAAUCUUUCAAAUGGGUGGGUAAAAAAUAUUUGCCAAGAUAAUAUAAAGAGUAACCUUGUGAUUGGGUAAAAAGAUUUUAGGAAUGUAUUCAGUAAAAAAAAUAAAGCUUUUAAAGGACGUCUACACUCAUAGGGGAAUAUCAGUUCUGAUUGGUCAGUGCUUUCGUUUGAAUGCUCCUACAAAAUAAGAGCAUUGAGAAUAUUAAAACCUGGACAAAGUGUGAAAAUGUCUUAUUAAAUUAAAUGAGCAUAGCACAACAGUAAGUGGUUUAAAUCAUGUGAUUAACUAUUUCACUUUGUGGUAGUUUGUGCACAAUCUGACCAGCUGCUGUUUCCUGCCUCAGCUGGAAACAUCAGUGUGUGAUGUACAGGCCUGUAUAUUUAUUGUGCACACACACUGCUUCACACAAGUCCCCCUCCAGUUGAUCCACCAUCACUCUGCCAAAAGAGACUUCCUGUCUAUGGUAUCGGUUUAUCUGUGAAUAAACGUCUUUUUCCAAGUG